UAUUUUUUUCGGUUUUAAACACAUACAACAUCUUAACAAGCCACAUUUCGAAGAUCGGGCGCUAUCUGUUUGGCCAAUAGUCAUCUGAAAAUUGCAGUUUUAUAUAUACAAUUAAAAACAUAAAUAUAUAUAUUUUAUAUCAAACAACUCGCUUGGUAAUGACCGGAAGAGCACGCGUUUCAAAUUUCGUACGUUAAUUAGAACUUCAGAUAUUUUUUGAACAUGGAGCGAGGGACGGCUUCGAUAUCAUCAUUUAACACCUUCAAGGAGAUGCGACAUUCUGUGUUUUCCAAAGCGCCGACUUCCGCAAAUAGCAUGCCAAGUGGCCGUACAAGGCCUGAACCACCUCUAAAACCAUUUCGGGAUGCAGCAACACCUGCAGAUGAGGCCACAAAGCAUACAAAUCUCAAGCAGCAGCAUGAACUGCAAAUGCAUGUCCUUGCACCUCUCCCUUCGGAGCACAAAAUUGUACCAGCAGAGAUGACAACCGCAAUGCUAACCGCCAAUUGUCUACUAGAGCCACAGGUAACUCCCUGGCGCUCUAAGCGAGAGAAUGCGGCUAGCAUGAAGGUGUUCACCACGGUCAUGUUGCAUGCAUGGCGGCAGCGCCGUGAGGAGGUCCGCCAGCUGCAGCAAGCAGUGGAUCGUCUGCAGAAAAGCUCCAUGAAGGCCAAGAACCAGUUGCAUGUCUACACCACCCUCAUGCGCGUCGAACAGAAACGCAACAGCGAGCUGCAAUUACAACUGAAGCAGUCAACACUAAAUGUAACCAAGGUGCGCUCCUCUUGCGACAGUUUAACGACCUCCGUGCUCAACCUGACGGCCGACAAGGCGCUGCUCGAGCAGGAGAUAAGCUAUCGCAAAAACGAGUAUGACGCUCUUGAGAAGAUUGCGGGCCAAACAAAAGGAGACCUCUUCAAAGCAAUCAUGGAUCAGCGUACCCUGCAAACGGAACUGUCUAAGGAAGAACGCGUUUCAAAACAACUUAGGUGGGAAAAUGAACAACUUCUUGAAGAGGUGAAAAAGAUACGAAGUAUAGAUAGCGAUUACAAAGAUGCGGAAAACAAAUAUCGUUUGGAGCUAGAGCAGAAAGAGGACAUGUUGCAAAGCAUGCGACGCAUUAUCGAGGGUCUAGAAACGAAAUUGCGGGAAUGGGAUGUUAAAGGCCAGGAGAUGGAGGAGCUACGUGAUUCUAAGAUACGAUUGGGGUCUGAAAUUUUGCGACUACGCCAACACAACAUUUCAAGGUCCAACAGCAGCACCUCCACCAACCUCAAGUCGCCAAAGCAAAGCCGCACCGGCCUGCUAAUGAACCGCAAGUAUAUCUGGUAUAGAUUCUAUCGGUAUGCCUCGAACAUUGUUUAUCUGUUUUGGCUAUAUAUAUCGCCGGCAUGCCCAUUGUCAAAUACCUCUGUAGCUCUGCGUAGCAGCGCCACACGAUUUGCAACAGUUUCCUUAAGUAACUGAUAAUCAAUUGCAUUGUUUUUCAAAAAUAAAAAUUUAUACUACCCCUGCAA